AUGCCUCCCGUCAAGCGCAUUCCUUCGGUCCCAAACAAAAAGAAGCGCCACCAGAAGCGGCGGAAGGAUGCUGGGGGGAAGAAGGCGCAGCGGGAGGGCAGGAGCUUUUUUGGCAUGAUUGGCAUCGUCACGGGGAUCGUUGCGGCAGGCAUCAUGGGCUUCUUGUAUCAACAGAAGCAGGAUAGAGAGCUGGAGGCGGAGGACCGGCGGAUCCUGAAGCGGAUGUUGAGGACGCCGCUGCAGUGGACGGACCACGGAGUGUGCCGCAUGGACUGCCGACACAUCUCGGAGAAGGAGGUCAUUGACACGCUCAGGACGGGGCGAAUCAACCGGCGGAAGUCGGAGAUGAGGUCGCGGCCGUGUCCGAAGUACGUCGUGGACGCGCGGGUUGGCGACGCGAAGAGGAAGAAUGUCCAGUGUGUGUUCAGCGGCUGUGCGGACGUGACGCGCGUCGUCACGGUCAUCGACAAGGACUUCGACUGGCCGUGCGGGGCGUGCUGA